AUGUCACUGACGCGUCAAUCUCACCGAACAGUCGACAGAGAUGAGGUUGAGCGACUCCGCAAGCGAUUCAUGAAACUGGAUAAGGACAGCUCGGGUACAAUUGAUCGCGAUGAAUUCCUUUCCCUUCCGCAAGUGUCAUCCAACCCGCUGGCAACGAGAAUGAUCGCAAUCUUCGAUGAAGAUGGUGGCGGUGACGUCGACUUCCAAGAAUUCGUUUCAGGUCUCUCGGCCUUCUCGUCUAAGGGUAACAAGGAAGAAAAGCUUCGCUUCGCAUUCAAGGUCUACGAUAUCGAUCGCGACGGUUACAUCUCUAACGGAGAACUGUUCAUCGUAUUAAAGAUGAUGGUUGGCAACAACCUGAAAGACGUGCAGCUGCAGCAGAUCGUCGAUAAGACCAUCAUGGAGGCGGACAAGGAUCAGGAUGGAAAGAUCAGCUUCGAGGAGUUUACGGAUAUGGUGGAGAAUACGGAUGUCAGUUUGAGUAUGACGCUAAGCCAGAUUUAA